AUGGAGAGCCGAAGAGAUAUCAGAACAACUGCAGAAAAUGAGACUGAAAGACGGAUAUCGAAAAACCCAAGAUUUAAUUUGCAUCUAGUACAAAAGGCUACCGAACCUUCUGAUCGGCCUAUGAUUGACUGUACAAAGUUUGAGAGACUAUCUUUUUACCGCUCAUACACUUCAUCGCCAAUUAAAAUCGAAUUGGUUGUAUUAUCGCAUUUGGUUUUAAAUGACUACAUCUGGUUCUACGUGUUGAAUUUAUUUUUGAAAUCUUUACCACAUAGUUUUCUUCACUUUUUUAUGGCAUCCUAUGCGCCUGAAGAGCAUAUUUUUUUAACUAAAAUGGUCCCUGUUUGUCAUGGUUUCAAGUACUUAUUAGUAGUAGCAGCAUUCUUUGAACUACUUUUAUAUUCCAAUAGUGUUAUUCAGCUAUUUCAUUUCUCGUUGGAUGGUUUGGCAUCCAAAAAUCCUUGGAACAGAGCAGUUUAUUCUGCUGAUGUGGAUUUGAUCGCCGAAUCUAUAAGCGCGCCACCAGUUGUCCAUAUUCUGACUGCAAGAAGUACUCAAGAGCCAACCCUCCUCCUUUCGCAACCGGGCUUGGGACCGUCUAUGGCGGAGUUUAUGGCGGACUAUCAUAUUAAUAAAGCUUUAAUAACUGUCGUGGAAUCCGUAUUCUUGUACCUAUUGUACCCUUUGGGAAGACUUGUAGACGACUAUACAUUUCAUUACGGGACUCCACCAACCAGGUUGAGAAUUCUGAACUUGAGAUUAGUACCCGUAUACUACGCGUUCAAGUAUUACUUCAUGAUGAAUGCUACAUAUGAUGUACUGAGUCAACCAGAAGUAAAAAUAAAGAUUCCGUACUUCGUCUGGUCGUGGCCCAUUAUGGCCGUGCCAUUAUUUCUUGGCGUAUUAUGGAUAAUAUACAAGUACCUUACUUGGCAGUAUAUUUUCCGUCCUAUCCCCAAGUGGGGACCGAGGGAUUUUUCUGAACGGCAACUCAGAAAGCAAUAUAGUUCUAAAUAUUACAUCAGUUCAGAAGUACCAAAACUACUGAGCCGCUAUCUAAUGUCCAAAAGGGAGUCUAAAGUAUAUAAAGUAGAUGUUCGUUACGACAUGCAAAGAAGGUCAACGGUCAGCAAGGCGGUCGGUUUUAGCGCUCCCAGUAAAAAAAAUAUGUAA